AUGGUUCUAGUAUUUGAGCAUGAAUUUCCGCUCAAAAAUUAUUCACCAUCAAAUUCUUUCUUAAUUCUCGAAACUUAUCUCGAAAUUCUUAUUUCCGGUGUAAAUAAUCAUAAUUAUAAUCGUAAACUUAGCAAAACUACGAAUUCAAAUACCGGUUUCCCCGUGGUUGACUGUGAUUUAGCCAAGGAACAAAAACACCAUGAAUUUCUUUUAAGAGUCUGGAACUCAAAUUUUUUAGCUCCGGUCGAAUCCAAGUUAAUAGGUGGUGAUGCCACGGCAAAAGCCUAUCCUCUUUCACAUUUUUACGGGAUGGAUAUUAUAACUCCAAAAAAAAAUAUUCUAUCAAAUGUUAGCUUUACACAAGCUGAUGUAUUGGAUGGAUUACAAUAUCCAAAUGGUUAUUUUGAUUAUAUUCACGUUAGAGAUUUGUUAUGGUAUAUUUCAACAAAAGAUGUUCGUAAUAAAUUAUUUCCAGAUUUGUUACGAGUUUUAAAACCUGGUGGUUGGAUCGAAAGUGUAGAAUAUGAUACUGUAAUCCUAAAUACUGGUCCUAACACCCAUAUUAGUCAUGAAAAAUACGAUGAAGUUCUUGAUAAAGUUGGAGAUGAGCUUAUUGAAUAUAAAACAGCAUUUCGAUCGAUAAGACAUAUUGGAAAAAAGCUUUCGGUUUAA